GCACAAACCCAUAGGGAUAAUAUUAUCAGCAUACAACAUAACAUGUAACAAUGUAGUAAUAACAUAAUAAUAAUAAUAACUCAGGAAAUAUAAGGAUUAUUAAUUUCAGUUAAGAAAGAGCCAACGGAAAUGUGCCUUUGAUGAAGGAGCCAGACUUUACAUCUUUGAAAGGAACCAGACACUUUUAGGUUUACAAUGCAUAGUAUACCAGUGAAGUUAUUCACUGUAUAACAUGAGUUUAAUCUGCUAAUUUUAGCUUUUUGUUAGCUCAAAAUAUUUCGUAAAUUUACAUAAAAAUUGGGUGAAUGGUAUAGGUCUACAACUUUCUACACAGCCCAUAGCCAUCAUUUAUAAGUCAUUGUUCAAUUGCAUUGUUCAACAAAUGCAGCCUUCACAGGCAAAACCAAGAGAGAAAAAACAUUCAAAGCUGUCUAGCUGUACCCCCCCUUGAUGUAAAUAUCAGAAACCCAAUGCUGAAACUCUGAUCCAUCUUCUUAUAUUCUUAUUUUGUUCUCAAAUCCUAUGUAUUUAUCGUAUAGCAAAAAAAAAAUUGGCCUUGGCAUUCUAAUACUUUCAGAGGUCUGUAUUAGAACAAACACAUCUUUAGCUACAACUGUGUCUGACUGAUCAUAAUCAGCAGGUAUGUGGUGGUGUGAUUAAAUGUUUAUUUAUUAUUGUGUAUAGCCCAUCAUGACUCCAUUAAAAUAGAAUAUAUAUAUAUAUAUAUUAGGGGUGUAAGAAAAUAUCGAUACACGUGAGUAUCGCGAUAUUUUGUUUAGCGAUACUAUAUCGAUUCUCAAAAACAAAAUAUCGAUAUUUAUAUAAAAAAAAAAAAAUAAAUAAAAAUUAUACAUAUUUAUGGCAGUUUCAUUUUGUUCCAUUUAUAUCCCAACCGCUAGAUCGCAGUCUUCUUAUCUCUGAACUUAAACAGUGACAGGAAGUACUAGCAUAACGGCGCGCUACUAAUAUUAACGUUAAAAUAGUUCGCUGCUAGUAAUGGAGGAUGAAAAAAUAUUUCCAGCUCCCGCUUCAGUGUACAAAGCCGAUGUGUGGCAUCAUUUCGGCUUUCGUUACAGACCAGGCACGAAAGAGAUUGACAAAAGUAUUGCUGUUUGUAAAAUGUGCAAUGCCAACGUCAAAUAUUCAAAGAACACUACAAAUCUGAGAGCGCACAUAACGAGGCACCAUGCAGAUGCACGGAUAACAGAACAGCAGCAAAUGGCUAACGUUAAAAGAGAGGAUCCCCGUCAACUCACCCUGGAGCAAGUUCACAGAUCAAAGUUACCACGAACCUCAACGCGUGCAACCAAAAUAACUCAGUCAGUACUUUAUUUUAUUUGCAAAGAUAUGCACCCUCUCAGUGUCGUAGAGAACGAAGGCUUCCGUCAUAUGCUGAAAACUUUGGAGCCUCGCUACACAAUACCAUCCCGCCAGCACAUUACGGACAUCGCUGUGCCCAACUUGUACAAUGAGGUAAAAAUGAGCGUACUACAAUCUCUUCGCUUAGCUGAGAGAGUCGCGUUGACAUGUGAUGCUUGGACAUCCCGGGUGAUUACCACAUUACCCACAUCCGAUGUUUUGCGCACAGCCUGAAUCUUGCCUCACAGAAAGCACUAAAGUUGCCAGCAGUGGAGCAACUCCUAGGCAGGAUCAGACGUGUUAAAAGCUUUUUCAGACGCAGCACCAUAGCCAGCCACCAGCUAAAACAAAAACAAGACCUGCUCCAGCUACCAAAACACAGGUUAAUUACAGAUGUUGUAACGAGGUGGAAUAGCUCUUAUGACAUGAUAGAUAGAUUUUUAGAACAACAACCAGCCAUCUGUGCAGCACUACUUUCAACAGAGGUCAGAAAGUGUGAAAAGGAUGUCUUCACAAUGAAUGAAGCUGACAUCACGUGCUGAGGAAGUGCUCAAGGCACUGAAGCCAAUGAAGAAUGCCACAUUGGUAAUGUCAGAAGAGAGCAUGCCCACUCUUUCUGUCAUUGCACCACUUUAUUCAACGCUUGUCAUGGGCACAGAAGAAAGCCCAGAUGAUACAAAGACAGCAAAGGACAUCAAGGCUGCUGUGGACUGCUAUAGCACAAGAUCUGGGAAAGAGAUAUGCCAAUGAGAGGGAGACACUGUGCAUGGCAUCAGCUCUGGAUUCAAGGUUUAAGGAUCUACCCUUUCUCUCUGAAAUGGAGAUCAAAGAGACCUACUCCAAAAUGACGGAUGCUGUGGUGGCUGCCAUAAAGAAGCAACAGAAUCAGCAAGAUAGAGAAGUAGAGGAGACUGACCAGUCAAAGGAUGUUGAAGAUCGCUUAUCUGACUAUGAAGAUGGCUCUGCCUCCACCUCCCUGCAACCCAUAAAGAGGCCAAGGAAAUCAUGUGCAUUGGCUGACUUGCUUGGAAUGGUAUUUGCCACUUCUGAAAACAACAUGGCACCAAAAUCUGCACAUGAUACUGCUGCAUCUGAGAUUAAGAGGUUUAGAGAAGAAAAACCUUUGCCCCUCCAAGAAAACCCACUCAGUUGGUGGAAAAACAUGAAGCUGCGUACCAUGAGCUAUCCAAACUAGCAAAGGGUUUCCUGUGCAUUCCGGGCACAAGUGUUUCUGCGGAAAGAGUUUUCUCCACCGCAGGAGACAUUGUAACUGCACAUAGAAGUGCCCUGACAUCUGAGCAUAUUGACCAGCUUAUCUUUCUUCAGAAAAACCUUGACAUUAAAUAAAAAGACAAAUAUAAAUACAAAUGAAAUAAACCUGUAAAAUCCAAGUUUAAAGGUUCUGAGAAUGUUCAACAUCUGUAAAUAUUUUAUUGUUUAUAUUUGUUUUGUUUUCUUUAGGAAUCCUGCAAGCACUUUAUUUUUUCAUUGAUAUUAAGCAGAUAUAAUUCUUUGUUCAGAUCAAAAUGUUAUAUUUUAUAUUUAGAUUAACUAAAUAAUCCUGCAAGCACUUUAUUUUUCAUUGAUAUAAAGCAGAUGUAAUUCUUUUGUUCAGAUCAAAAUGUUAGGACACUGCAUGCUACAAUUGUAAACUGAAACUGUGAAGCUUUAAAAGCAGGGUCUAAAAAUAUAUAUGGUCUGUUUAUAACAGCUAACAUUUAAUACAUUUAAUUUAACACAUUUAAGAAAUCCUGCAAGCACUUUAUUUUUCCCCCUUUAUUCAUACUGCACAUAAAGUGGUUCAAUUAUAUUGAAUGUUAC